AUGCCCUCGGUGGGUACGCUGGGAAUGUUCAUCGUAGACACAUUCAGAUUCAUCGAUGAGGCAGGUAUCAAUCAUGGAGAUGGAGGCAGGGGCGAAGUGCUCGGAGGAGGUGGCCUGUACUGUGCCAUUGGGGCGAGGAUUUGGCUGCCACCUGCCGAGGUGCUAGCAGUCAUCGACCGAGGGAACGAUUUUGCCAAUUCCGGCUACCAAGACAGGCUAGACCACUACGCACAGACGUCUACUCCUUCAACCUCAUCGUCUCGGAGCGCACUUUGGAAAUGGAGAGACCGCAAGGACGGGACAACAAAGGCAGUGAAUGUCUACCGCGGUGAGCAGCGCGACUUUGAGUAUCUGACACCCAAGCUGCGUCUCGAUCCGAUCGAUCUGGCCAAUGGCGAGACCGGACAGCUGCCACGGUAUCUACAUGCUGUCUGCUCGCCAGAACGUGCCUGGGUCAUCUGUGAUCAAGUAGACCAGCUAGACUUGAAGGCCUAUGGGCGCAAAGGCGUCACGCAGGUAUGCUGGGAACCCAUACCAGACUCCGCGAUACCUGAGAAUCUCGACGAAUGCUUGAAGGUCAUGGCGAGAGUCGCAGUCCUGUCGCCCAAUCAUGAAGAAGCGGCCUCGUUCCUGUCUAUGGAUCAAAACCUCGUCAGUGUGCCGGUAGCAGGCGUCUCACCGGAGCAAUCGGCAGCUUGCAGAGCUUCUCACCUCCAGCAUCUAGCACAUGGAUUCAGAGAACGCUUUUCAAGGACGGCAGGGGCACAAGCGGAGAAUUGCCCGAUCAUCGUCAUCCGAGGAGGCGCUGCUGGCGCCACAGCUCUUCAAAGUGAAGCAGGAGGUCAGACAAUCACGGCUUCAAUUCCCGCUUGGCACACGAACAGCGAAGUCAGUAAGGUCGUCGAUGUCACAGGCGGCGGCAAUUCUUUCUUUGGCGGGUUUAUGGCCUGCCUGGCUAUGACUCCUCUGGACUCUGCCAAGACAGUGGAAGAGAGACAGAUCUCGCUGCGAGAAGCCCUCUGUCGAGGAGCAGUAUCAGCAUCCUUCAUCAUUGAGCAGCUGGGUCUUCCCACUCUCGAUCACACUGCGAUAGAGAGGUGGAACGGUCAAUCAGCGCAAGAGCGCUUGGCCAGAUACCAGCAAGUGCAGUAG